CCUACAAUAAACUAAACCCCUCCAUUUCGGAUAAUCGACAGUAGUAUAUUCCAGGCUUGCCUAUUGUUCUAUGGAAAGCCUUCACGUCGUACGAAUGCCUUUCAUUUUCAUCGUUUAGCGUUCUUCGAAUUCCCGGUCGACAAACUUUGUUGCUUGACCUCCCGAGUUUUUUGAAAUUCGAGAGUUUAUGAAGAGGAUGCACUCUGUCGAAUUCGGGCCACAGUAGAGUUUUAAUCCGUCGAGAUUAUCAAUGCGACAUUACCGUUAAACUCAAUUUCUUUAAUUUCUGGGAUUCAUACGCGAGAUUCGGCCGUUGCGCGACGAUUCUUGGCUGUGCCGCUCAUCAUGUCGUUUCGAGAUAACGACCAGCGCCGCUACGGCCACAUUCCUCCUGUUCAAUAUCCUAUCGCAAAUCGGUCUCCACAAGACCAGUCGUCUUACCCGACCCGUCAGCCAAGCUUCAACAACGGCGAUGAUUCUGGCGGUUUUGCCUCGAAUACAACUCGCACAAGCUAUCAACCGACAGUGAACACGUCUGUUGCAGGGCUCGGUAGCCGUGAUGAGCUGUUCUUAGCAAGCCCGACCGAUACUAGUAGACCUAACUAUGGCAAUUCGAACGUCGCAAUGGCCGGAUAUCAACACCACCAUCAGCCCCAGACGCCGCCUACGCCAUCAACCUACAACCCUCAGGCAUUUGCUCGCCCUCAAUCUACCGUAGUGCCCUAUCUCCCACAUCCGUCGCACAGGCGGACACAUCAAAAUCUGCCUCCUGCUCCUGCUCCUGCUCCUUAUAGUCCUACUUCGACGACAGCUAAUAGCUUUGCGCCCGCUCCAUACAAUCCUGCUGCAUAUUCUGGAGCACCGGCACCUCCUCAGCGUCAGCCAACUUACACCGGCUAUACUAAUAAUUACAACAAUCAGUCUUAUAAUUCACCAGCAGUAAACCAAUCGCCUUAUUUUCAAUCUCAGCUUACAUAUGCCUCUACGAAUGCCCAGCAAGCACAAUCGUCUCCUCCACCAGCUCCUUACGGUGCCGGCUACGAUCAACCCACAUAUAGCUCGACUUAUCUGUCUGCUACAAAUUCAGUAGCCCCGGCCCAUACCACCAAUUACGAUUCCUCGCAAACACGAUAUUCUCCGACUCCUUCGAACGAUGACGACGCGACACCACCUGCUACGUUUUUCCACUCGUCCGACUCCUCUACAACCUCGCUGGUACCGUAUCCAAGUCAUUCGCAAAUACCUGUAGGCCCGAACUACUCUGUCAACGAUCCGCAUUCGUUUUUGAAUGGUCCAUCCAGGUCCAACUCGGUAGCAUCGCCUAUCCCUUCGCCUUCAGCCUAUUCGCAACCAGUGACCGCCUUGGCUCGACAUCCAACUAACGCACCACUGCCAAGUCGCCCCGUCGAUGACACCGCGGACGAGCCCUUUCCAACUAAUGGUGCUUUAACACUUGAUAUAUCCCGAGAGUACGCUGCGCAAAAUAAUAUCAUGCAGGAUAUUGAAGCAGAGCUUGGAAGGAGAAGGAAUGGCUCGUUGACCAACCGGCCAUCGGGAUUGGAUCAACGCAACGGGUCUUUACCCGAAGAUGACCUUCAAAAUCUCCGCCGGCUAACAUCCAACGCGAGCUAUCAUUCAACUGCCACAACACUCACUAACCAAGAAGAGCCCUCUGGGGUGAAUCGGUAUUCCUCCAAUGCAUCGACGUUAAACAAAAAUCGUUCCACCGAUCCUUACGCAUACGAAGGAGACAACGGAGAUGAAAGCGAUCCUGAGGGUGCCGCUGGGGCCCAGGCAUUGCGGCAAGCAGAAGAAGACGAUCGCCUAUUUAGUUCAACUUACAUACCAUAUUUCGGUCCGCCGGAGGUUGCCACCCUCCCGACUCACAAGGAAGAGCCAAGCAGUGACAGUGACUAUGCUGCUGGAAUGGACCUCGGGCUUAUGGGUGGUGGUUACGCAGGAAAUGUUACCUAUGGCAACGAAAUUGGAUCGCCUCCUGCCUCCGACAUCGUCGCCGAGGAGACCCAGGCUUUGCCUUCCCGCAUUAAUCAUACGUCUCAAAGAAGUCAUGGGAGCAACAAGUAUCCUGCUUUUCAGGAGGCUGACGUAGACUAUGAGGGCACUGGAGGCUUACAACAACCAUCGGCCCAUCGGUUGAGUUUUGACGAAGGAGAUGAGCAUGUUUCUCUUCAUUCAAGACAAAGUGGCAGUGAUUCUCCUCCCAGAGAAGACUAUCCGGAUAUGUUUUAUCACCCUGGUCUAUCGAAUCGGCCACUCCCUGCCAUUCCCGCUGGAUCGGAUAGCAGCUCAAUGCUGUCUGUUCAGUCACCAGCUCGACCUGAAUAUCAACACGGAUAUUCUCUCAGUGUAGAUGCACGUCCAUACACUGGACCAGAUGCUCAGUAUGGACAAAAUGCCCAGCAGAUACAAGUGGAACGCUCUAUUUCGCUAUCGAGUCACAGUACCUCGCCUAUCGUUCAGCCACCCGGCAGGUCAAAGACUGAUGCCGCCGAUGAGCGAAACACGCGAUUAAAAUAUCUAAGAAAUCACCAGCUGGUUCCUAAUCAAGCAUUGCCAUAUGAUGGUUAUGAAACUGGCGCGGCAUCGUCUAUAAACUACGAUGUCAUAACCCUCCCAAGCGGCCGGCGGCGGAAGUUUCAACCGGAAAAGCUUACCGUGGUUGAUGUUCGUAAUUGUGCAGAGCCAUGGGCUUUGAGUGGCAUUGCCAGAUGGAUUCGAGAAAUGGCUGACGGUGAACCUGACUUAAAAAGAAAGACCCUCGAAGACGGCCUGGUCAGAUUGUUUUGCCUGAAAGUCCCCACGAUGAACGUUGCGGAUGCUGAAGCACUUAGUACACAGGUCGCGGAUUCCAUGUUGAAAGCUGGCAUUCUUGUUCCCGAGGAGGAAUGGCUUAAGUUCGGUCCCGGAUCUAUAUCUGGUGUGCUAUGGCAAUUGAUUGGUUCCGGCUGCUACGCGCCGAAGUUACAUGAAUAUGACAACGAUGUAACUGGGCAUGAGGUACCUGUAAGAUGCUAUUCGCAUCAUUGCAACAGGACUCUAAAGAAAGCGAACCUGGACGAUUUCAUGUCUCAUGGAGUUAAGACUUUCGACUGGUCGACAUAUUAUAAUAUGACAAAGGAGAGUAUAGAGGGCAAGCCAAAGAAAGAGGUUGGACGGCAAAAUGUCUUGCACGAAAUUAUCACGUCAGAAGAAGUUUACAUGGACCACCUUGACGUGCUCAGGGUUCUCUACCGAGACCAGCUCCUUCAUGCACAACCCAAGAUUAUUGCCGAAGGCAGGCUCGAUAAAUUUGUUAGCAAUGUCUUUGGGAAGGCCGAUGCUGUCCAGCAGGUGAAUAUGGAUCAUCUAUUAGCUCAACUGAAAUAUCGACAAAAAGAGCAAGGCCCUUGGAUUGUGGGCUUUAGUGAUAUCUUUAGAGAAUGGGUUAGAAAAGCUAGGACAGCGUAUGUUGAAUAUGCGUCCGCCUUCCCAUACGCGCGUUAUCAAGUGAAGAAGGAAGCAGAGAGAAACUUCUUAUUUCGACAAUUCUUAGAAAACAACCGAGCCCACCCUCGUUCUCAGCGCCUCGACUGGACAAGCUACCUCAAAGACCCCAUCACACGUCUGCCAAGAUAUUCGCUUCUCCUGGAAACAGUACUGAAGCAUAUGGUUCAAGAUAGCGAGGAAAAAGCAAAUCUGAAGAGGGCUAUCGAGGAAGUUAAGUUGAUGACUCUCGAAUGCGACGCAAAGGUAGACGAGAUGCAAAAGAAGGUGACGAUGAUUGAGUUGGACCAGAUGCUUGUUCUCCGACCUGGUUUCCAUGCCGAUCUUCACUUGGAUCACCUCGGUCGCGAGCUCAUACUUCAAGGAGACCUUCAACGGAUGAGCUCAAAGGGUGUACGAUGGGUUGAUACGCAUGCCCUAUUAUUUGAUAACUACUUGAUUCUCGCAAAGCUAGUUAUAUCAAGAGAUGGGAGGCAAGAUAGAAAAUAUGAUGUCUCGAAAGAACCUAUUCCUAUGCCUUUGCUGUUCCUCGAAAGUAGUCAAGAUGACCCAAUCUCUAAACAAAAAGGCAUCGCUACUCCAUUGACGCGGGCAGCGAAUCCUCCGCCGGAUAGCAAGAUGAGCAAAGUGUCAACGAACAACAGUGAUCGGCCUGGUCUGGAUCAUGCGGCUACGAACGCGUCUACUGGCUCCGGAACUGUCACUAGAUUGAACCCUGUUAAUGUAGGGGAUAACGAGGGUAAAAUUCUUUAUCCCUUCCGUAUCAAACAUCUAGGACACGAAGUGUAUACUCUUUUUGCUCAAUCAGCCCAGACACGACAAGAUUGGUGUGAUAGAAUCAUAGAAGCAAAAACGCGCCACGCCAAGGCCUUGCAUGCUCAAAAUGCUGAGCCGUUCCGGUUGCGAGUAAUGUCUGACAGUGCUUUCGCUUACGACCCAGUUGCGGCCAUCGGCAAAUAUGUUGGGGGGGUGCACAUACGUGGGACUCCUCUUGAUAGGGCUAUUCGAGACGUGGAGAAGACAUGGGGUUCCGGCCGCGGGCCUCCUCCAAUUUCACGGGCAGGCGUGAACUGUGCUACUGGGUUUACGGCCUUCGGCAAGAAUAUGGUUGCAGUGGGAACGGACGCGGGCAUAUGCGUAUCAGCGGUUAGCGACUCAAGGGGUUGGAUUAAGACUGUAACAACUACUCGAGUCACACAAAUCGCUGUACUCGAGGAGUUCUCUGUUGUUCUCGUGCUGUCGGAGCGGAACCUUGUAUCUUAUCCUCUAGAAGCUGUGUCUUCUACCUUUUCAGGGGCAGCUAACGACAACCCUCGUCGUUCUCCUCAGAGACUGGCAAAAGAUGUAUCGUUUUUCGCGACCGCCCGUAUGAAAGAUCGGAUGCUCGUAUUUUACAAGAGAAAGGAAAAUCUGCAUAGUACUUUUAAGGUGCUUGAGCCCGUCUUUCAGAAAGCAACGGAGAAAAAAUCCCGACUAUUUGGAGGUAGCCGAAAAGCGGGCGUAGGAGUCACCGAAAGCUUUCGAGACUAUGACGAGUUCUUCUUCCCUACGGAAUGCUACUCGCUCAAUAUUUUCCAUACAUACAUCUCUGUCGCUACGGCUAGAGGCUUUGAGCUUUUGACUCUCGACAAGAAAAUACCAAUGUCAAUUCCCGACGUUAGGCAGCCUGCUAUUGCCAAUAUUGCAAACCGCAUCAAGGAUCAGCGACCUUUGGGCAUGUUCCGCCUUAACGACCAGGAAUUUCUCUUAGCAUACGAGGACUGCGCCGUAUACGUGGAUAAGUACGGUGAUGUGAGCCGUAGCGUCAUCAUGGAGUACUCGGGCAAACAAAAGAAAGCCAGGGGUGCGACAAUGUAUGGGCAAUACUUACUCCUUUUCAACGAGGACUAUGUCGAGGUGCGUAACGCCGAGAAUGGGCGACUACGUCAGAUAAUUGCUGGAAGGGACGUCAGAGUGUUAGACUAUGGUGUUCGAGGACCAACAGGGGGCUCUUCCAGCGCAAAUGAAAACAGAAUGCCAGCCCAUGUCGUAGAUAAUGGGCCCGACUCAAAGGGCACUGUCAAGGUAUGCAUGGCGCACCCGGAGGUUGCAGGACAGCAAAUUGUUCUGGAAAUGUUACUUAAUAGCGGGCACAUGGAGAAAUGAGAGGUCACGAAAUGGUACGACAUGGCAAUGAUCGAGACGGAGACUUGCAAUAAUGAGCACUAUCUGACUUGUACUGCAUGAUCACAGUUGAGUAUUCUUGGGGUUGGUAGGGUAAAGAAGGUUGCAUAUUUAUUUCUACGGCACGCAUCUGGCGCGGUCGAGCGUCUUCAUUUCAAAUGGAUAUCCGGCCAGAUUUUGCAGGCCAUGUUCCUUUUUCGGAUCUACUACUAGUACCUAUUAGAAGGGAAAUUCUUUAAUAAUUGGUGUUCUAUGCGGACUGGUGAAUGCUGUGAAUGACUGUUGCUCGAAACCUUCAUAAACUGAAUAUAUGGUAACCUCAGGUAAUGAGUAUAUAUGGCUGCCUCUGACAGCAUGUCCUCGGUAGAUUUGAUUGGUGUUGAUGUUCAGUUCGUGGUAUUUCUUCGAGUUGAAAGUUGAAAGAGAAAUGCCAGGCAAUAAUCA